AUGCAUCUAGCACUUGAGAAGAAGGUCGUACUUGUUACUGGAGGAACAAAAGGCAUCGGCCGGGCUAUUGUGCGAGCGUAUCUGAAGGAGGGCGCCACGGUCCACUUUUGUUCCAGAACCGCAAAAGAUGUCGAAGCAGCGAAUGAGAAUUUGUCCAGUGGUGAAUUCGAGGGACGAGCAAUUGGGGUUGUGGUCGAUGUAACAAACAAGGACAAACUGGCCGCAUGGGUAACCUCUGUUGCCAAGGAGAACAGUCGGAUUGACAUCGUCGUUGCGAACGUCUCUUCCCUCUCCAUGGAAGACACUACCGAGAAUUGGCAGGCAGCUUUCCAGACUGAUCUCAUGGGCACUUACCACCUAAUUCAGACCGCCCUCCCACAUCUUGAGAAGAGCAGAGGCAACAUUGUUACCAUUUCCUCUGUAAGCGGUCGGGAUGUGGAUUUUACCGCUCCUGGUCCAUAUGGCACCAUGAAAGCCGGCUUGAUUCACUACACUGCUCAGCUUGCUCGCACUCUGGCCCCGAAGGGAGUGAGAGCAAACACUGUCUCGCCUGGUAACAUUUACAUCGAGGAUGGCGUGUGGGGUGACAUUGAGAAGAAGGCGCCAGAGUUCUUCAAGACUCAGAUGGCAGCAAAUCCAUUCGGAAGAAUGGGCAAGGCUGAAGAGAUCGCCGACUCGGUCCUCUUCCUUUCCAGCGAGAGAGCGAGUUUCAUCUCAGGAACGAAUUUGACAGUCGACGGAGCGCUGUGCACAGGGGUUCAGUUUUAG